AUGGUUCAGCACCUCGGCAAAGAAAUUGGUCCUAUUGGCUUUGGCCUCAUGGGCCUGACAUGGCGCAAGGAUCCUCCUCCCUUGGAAGACGCAAUCGCCGUCAUGAAAGCAGCCGUCGACAAUGGCCUCACCAUGUGGAACGGCGGCGAGUUCUACGGAACUCCCGAGUACAACUCCAUGACCAUCAUCAAGGCCUACUUCACAAAAUAUCCCCAAGAUGCUGAAAAGGUUGUCUUGGUGAUGAAGGGCGGCAUUAAUUCCAAGAUUUUCAAGCCUGAUGGAUCACCUGAAGGUAUUCGCCGGUCGCUCGACAAUAUUCUGGAGCAGAUUGGCGGCGUCAAGAAAGUCGACGCCUUCAACUGCGCCAGACGAGACCCGGAGUAUCCCCUCUCUGUUACGUUUGGAGUGAUCCAGAAGGAGUACAUUGACACCGGCAAGAUUGGUGCUAUUGCGCUCUCCGAGUGUGGUGUCGACACCAUCAAUGAAGCUGCUGCGAUAACCAAGAUUGCCGCCGCCGAAAUCGAGCUCAGCAUGUUUACACCCGACGUCUUGAGCAACGGAAUCGCCGCUGCUUGCAAAAAGCACGACAUUCCCAUCAUUGCAUAUUCGCCAAUCGGAAAGGGUCUGCUCACCGGCGAGUAUAAAAACGUCGAGGACGUCAAGAAGCUAGGAGCAAUUGCUUCGUUCCCGCGCUUCCAACAGGAGCAGCUCGAGCACAACCUCAAGCUCGUUCAGCAAGUCGAGCAGUUCGCCAGCCAAAAGUCGUGCACUCCUGCACAGGUGGCCAUCAACUGGGUGAGGAACAUGUCCAACAGCCCAGAGCUGCCUCUUGUGAUUCCGAUUCCCGGUUCUUCGACGGUUCCACGCGUAGAAGAGAAUGCACGGGUUGUUGAGUUUAGUAAGGAGGAAAUAGAUACCCUCACCAAUCUUGUCACGGGCUUUGAGACUGCUGGCACCAGAUACCCAGCUCAUGCACCGGUCAACACCUAA